AUGCGCGCCAUCGCCUCCCCACACGCGCCUCCUCGCCCGGAGCCACCCUCAGCCGUCCGAUCAAGAUCCAACGCCCCCGAACACGUCACUUUCCCACCAGCCCCCGUCACCGCCGCCCGUCUCCGCCUCCGCCGACCACCGGAGCCAGGGCCCUCGCCGCCGCGCACCCGAUUUAGCCGCCCCAUGCCUCCUCCCACUGCGACGGUCGCCCCCGAAGCCGGCGGUUCCUUCCCCGAGCUCACCUGCCCCGCGGACUUUGCGGCCGUCGCCGCCCCCGGCGGCCGCUUCUCCGUCGUCGGCUUCGGGUCCCUCCUCUCCGAGCGGAGCGCGAGGAGCACGUUCCCGGAGCUGGAGGGCUUCCGGGUCGCCGCGCUGCGGGGGUUCCGCCGAGUCUUCGCCCACGCUGCACCCAUCUUCUUCGAGCGCGGCAUCGCCAUCGAGGCCACCAAGGAAUUCUCAAGCUUGAGCGUGGAGCCAUGCGACGGUGAACUGAUAGUAGUCACUGUUUUCGAGAUCAAGGAGGAAGAGGUGCCAUCAUUUAUUGAGAGGGAACAUGAGUUUAGAUUUCUUGCGGUUGUCCCUGAAGGAUUGGAUGGGGUACCUUUUACAAAUCGAGCAGUUGUCUGCGCGCGCUACAGCGAUGAAGAAUAUUUCCAAGGGAGAUGCCAAGGAAGCAAGGAAAUAUAUUAUCAGCGCUAUGGACGGUACAACAUUGACAAAAUAUGGAGAGAUGAUAUUUUACCAUGUCGCUUAUACCUCAGACAUUGUGUUCUUGCUGCGAAAAAUCUUGGAGAACCAGCAUACAGCAACUUCUUAGACCACACCUAUCUUGGUGACCGGAAAACUACAAUAAGGGAAUACUUGGCCACUACCGGAGCUGGAAUCAUGGAAGAGGAGCCUCCCGAGUCGCUAAAAAGUCGCUACGGUGGCUGA